AAUCUCUGCUGCGGCACUGUACAGUCACAUGACAGGCGACUAAGAGUCGCGUAUGGAGCCUCUUCACCACCAUCAAACUUUUCUUUGAUGUUCUUUUUAUUGGGCACAGGUGAUGGGCAGCGGCGGGAUUUUUGACGGCAUGUGAUAUCCGGUGUUAUGUCAGCUUAUCUUCUGCGUCAUGUCUGUGGAUGGCCCCCGGACCUCUGUCUUCACCUUUGAGUCUGCUGUACACAGCCAUCAUGUUCUCCGCUCGCUGGACAAGCUGAGGCAGAAGGGGAUCUUGUGUGACUUGAAGGUGGAAGUGGAGAGCAGAAGCUUUCGUGCUCACUCUUCAGUGUUGGCUUCCUGCAGCGACUAUUUUUACACCAGACUGGCAAACCACAGCCGACCAAACCUCACUGUCAGCUUACCAGUUGAGGUCACCGUGGAAGGAUUUGAGGCCCUGCUGCAGUUUGCUUACACGGCAAAGCUUCACUUUACUAAAGAGAACAUCCUGGAGAUUCACAGAUGCGCUAAACUUCUGGGAUUCCACAACCUGGAUAAAGCCUGCUUUGAGUUCCUCAUCCCAAAGCUGUCAGAUGGUGGAACGACCGCACAAGAAGUUAAGCAAAACAAUGAGAAUCAGUCAUCGCAUGAAAAAUCUCAAGCCGCUUGUGGGAACAACAUCCCAACUGGUGACCAAAACUCCGAUACCGGAAAAGAUAACGUUCCUCAAGAUGCAGAAACUCCAUGUGCAACGCCUUCUACAGAUUGUCCCCCAGAUGUCUCACGGGACAAAGAAAUGCAGUUAGAUUUAUCGCCUCUGCACACGAAAAGCACUUCGUACCACAUCGGCGCAGGACAGGAGCAGUUUUGCUUGCAGAACUGUGGCCCGCAGUUGCCCUCUGCCUCCGUGGCUCGGGCUGAACUUUGUCCGUUCCUGUCCAUGUCCGGCACCGGCGACAAUGAGAAACUUCAUUCCGCUACAGCUGGCUGUGGCGGAGACAUUCUAGCAAUGGAGGAAGAACUAGCAAUGGAUGUGCAUUGUGUUUCUACUGAACCCUCCACCGAUAAAGACCUCAACAUACCCAACAUCACCGAGGGCCACUUCGACCAACAUGAAAGGGAUCUGAUUCCACCUGCUGACUGCCGCCAUCUCUGUCCCCUCAAUACUACAGAGGCAAGAAAUGUGUUGGAUAGCAUCGCCAACGCUGGAAUCCUAAGCGACAUUGGCACCAACCAGGUCUUCGAUACGACUGAACAGGCAUUCUCAGAUCUCGCCCCUAAAGACGGCGUCGCCGAACGGAGCACGGUGGAGAGGGAAGUGGCCGAGCAUCUCGCCAAGGGCUUUUGGCCCAAUUUGAGCUCCACGCUGACCGAGCAGCUACCUUUGGACUCCAUCGAGCAUUCGGCCGCAGGGAACAGCUCGGACUUCCACUGGUUGAAGCAUUUGGAUCUGGGUGCUGCGCCCGAUGACUGUCCUUUCCUGAGGGACCUGAGCUCCAACGGAGGGCAGAUGUCGGGAGGAGAUAGUCUGUCCAAAGAGGACACUGGAGACAGUUCCUGCAUAUCACCCAUUAACUCGAGGGAGAACUCGGAGUGCGAAUCGGAUGUAGAUAGUGUGCAGUGUGACACCAACGGACAAAUACAAGAGGUGGAUCUGCCGUUCCCCGUGGAGCAAAUCUCAAGCAUGACCCGCAGAGCGUUCCUGCAGAUGUUGAAACAGCAACGGCUGACCCCGGAACAGCUGGAGUUUGUUCAGGACGUGAGACGGCGCAGUAAGAACCGCGUGGCCGCGCAGCGCUGUCGCAAGAGGAAGAUCGACUGCAUUUACAGGCUGGAGGGAGACAUCAAAAAACUGAUGAGCGAGAAGGAGAAGCUAAUGCAAGAUCGCAACCAGCUGAGGCUCAGCAUGGAGGAGCUGCGCCAGAACCUCUCAGGUCUGCGUCAGAACCUCAGCAUGGACACCUCGCCGCAGUCCGAGCAGCUGCAGGCGCUGACCAGGUACGUCUCCUCUGACUGUCACACCUCCGUGCUCCUCACCCCCAUGGCCUCCCCCAGCCUGGCUGGACCAGACCAGGAAGCCCAAGCCAACACCUGCCUGGACGCCUUUCUCUCAGACAGUGUCGCAGAAGACGCGGCAGCGCUCGACUCAUCCAUCGCCUUCCUGCAAGACAGCGUUCAGACUGCUGUUACACAACCCUCAGCUCCGGAGCUAACAGAGUAAAGCGGCUUGUGACUGGUCCAACAUUUCAGUUUUACUCAGGAGCUUUUAUUUCCACGCGAUUUUGAGCAUGAUCCAUUUACCAGGAGCACGUUUUUUAACAUUUGGGUGUAACCAAAUUUGCACUUUUACCAGGAGUUUCAUAUGGAAAUGUUUCGAUUUUCAUUGUUCUAUUGGCUGAUUUGCUAUGGAUCCGUAGUAAUUUGACAUUACUGAGCAAUCUUAGCAUUACUGUAGCAUUAUUCAUUUCUCUUACACUGCCACAGUAGACAAUCGAUUAUGUUAGAGGAAUAUGUUAUCUAUAGCAUAGAAACAUUCCAGUGUAGCCUAUUACUGUACGUCUAUGGCAUUACCAGGCCGGCAUGGAAAUUGUGUAUUAAAAUAUGCAUCUCUUUUUCUUUAAGCAUUCAUAUACAGUAUGCAUAUGUCCUUUGUCAUUGUUGUAAUGCAUAUAACACAACUGCCAUGUAAGUUUACAUGCAUACUAAAUAAGGUUUGUCAAAAUUCUUUAAAGGGACAACUUGGCAAAAAACAGAAAUUUUGUCAUGAAUUACUCAACCUCAAGUUGUUCCAAACCUGUAUGAAUUUGUUUGGUUGAACACAAAGAUGUUUAGAAAAAUGUUAGCAACUGACAUUUCUGGGGCACCAUUGACUACCAUAGUUGGACAAAUUUAAAUGGUAGUCAAAGGUGCCCCAAAACUGUUUCUUUCCUAAAUUCUUCAAAAUAUCUCAUUUUGUGUUUCACAUAACAAAAAAGAACAAAAAAAUUAUACAAUAUAUUUUUUCUACUAUGGUAGUCAAUGGUGUCCCAGAAAUGUCAGUUGCUAACAUUCCUGCCAAAUAUCUUUCUUUGUGUUCAACCGAACGAAGAAAUGUAGACAGGUUUUGAACAACUUGAGAGGGAGUAAUUCAUGACAGAAUUUUCAUUUUAGGGUGAACUAUCCCUUGAAAGUCACUAUGUCUUCAGUAAGAGAUUCCAUAACUUUUGCCUCUGUAUCGCCAUUUCUGUUCAAAAUAUAAAAUAUAUGCAAUAUGUUACUUUAUGUACAUCUCCUCAUGUGGGUUAAAGGGAUACUUCACCCAAAAAUGAAAAUUCUGUCAUCAUUUACUCACCUUCGGGUUGUUGCAAACCUGUAUACAUGUCUUGGUUCUGAUGAACACAAAGAUAUUUGGAAGAAUAUCUGCAAUACAUUGUUUGCUCAUUAUUUGCAAUACGUUUCGGAGAUGUCUGCUGUCAGAUGUCGUCUAGACGUUUAGAAACCGUCUGUAAGAUGUUUAUGAUUUAGAAUGUAGGUAAAACUGCUCGUUCUGAGACGUUUAUCAGAUGUUUUUACACAGCAGAUGUUUUCCAGAUCUCCAGGGGUCUCAUUUAUAAAACUGUGCGUAGGAUCCUUACUAAAAGCGCCCGAAAACCAAAAAUAGCGUACGCCAAAAAAUAUUCAGAUUUAUAAAACCGUGCGUACGCACACCUGUAAGCAAUAUUCGCUUUAUAAAUCAACCCAUAAAUAGUCAAUUCAAAGCACCUCAUGAAUGCUGAUUCGUAUAUUAAUAAACCUGACAUCCAAUCCGCUUGUUAAGCCUGACGUCACGCACCAUAAUGGACGUAUACCGUUUCCGGGUCCAACCGCUAUCAGACGGCUCUCACUAAAUCCUUGGUGUUUCGUGUGUUUUUUUGGCGAUUUUAACAAUCAUAGGUAGUUUAGAUGAUUAGAGUAAGGUUAGGGUUAGGGUUAGGGUGUGGGUUAGGGUAAAUGUUUCGUAAGACUUGAAACACCAAGGAUUUAGUCAAAACCAACAAGCCACGCCCACGGAUCUGACUCGAAACACCAAGGAUUUAGUGAGAGCCAUCAGGGAUGCCAUAGAAAAAGAACAAAAAUGAUGUAAAACUGCUGAAAACACCCGAUCCCAUCCUUUAUCUCCGUAACCAAAUCACAAAUGGCCACACAUGAGAUUCACUGAGAUUUCCAAAUUAAUCAUUGUUAUAAUUGUUAAUAAUAAUAAUUAUUAUAAUUAUAUUAAAGCCAAAGAAGGUCUCUGCAGCAUUUAAAUGUUUACAGCAUUUAGACUGAUCACCUCAUUAAAAUCACAUCAAUAAUUAGUGGUGUCCUUCAUCUGAGAUAAAAUUUGAAGACAUAAUUGUAAAAGAAAUGUUUCUUCAUUCUGGUUUUGUCAUGAACAUAUAGUUAGGACCGAAAACGAGAACAUAAAGAGAAACGAUUGUGCGAGUUUUCUGACAUUUGAUGAUUAUGAUCAGUAUUUAAGGAAAAUAUAUUUAGUAUUUAUUUACACUGUGUUCUGCAGUUAUCAUAUUUGAUGCUGUCCCUAUUCAGUCUGAUCAUCUCCUCCUCAUGCGCUCAGUGUGAUGGUGAGACAGCGCUGAUUAAAUAUUUAGAUAUCAUUUUUAUUUAAUAUUUGAGUUGGAUUUUACAAGAAGGUGCAUGAAACAAUUAUCACUCAAUACAAGCGCAAAUAACUGCAGAUUUAAUCUUCGUGAUAAUGUGGAUCUUUAACGGAUAUGAGGUCAAAUUAAAUGUGUGUGAGGCAUUAAUGCUUAUAAUAAGUUCACUAACUCACCAUUUGUGUCGCCCCUUGACUCCAGAAUGUGCGUUCGCACGAGUGAGUCAGAGUUUGCUUACUGGUACGCACAUUCUCCCAUCAGUUUGUUUUGAUAAAUCCCAUCUUUUGCGUGGGAAGUGGCGUACGCCUCUUUCAGGGCAUGUUUUGUGCGUACGCAACGGUUAUAAAUGAGGCCCCUGAUCUUCAGAAGACAUCUUAACAGACGUACCGGUACGUUCCAGUGCUGUCUGGGUACACAGGUUUCGUGUUAUUGUUCAUUUUUACUUUGGUUUACCUUUGUUUUAACCCUGUAACCGAAAUAUUGUACAAACUCAGAAAGGACUGUAUCAUUCACUUCAUUCUGAUUUAGCAAAUAAAUGACAUGCCAAUAUUGUGAAUCGUUUUACUACGUGUUCAAUGCAUGUGCAGUUAGUGGUGCUUUCUAAGGACGACAUCACUAUUACUAUGGCCGAGACUUUUGAGUAUUAAACUUACGA